ACAAGGACGGCCCCGAGUGUCCCCCCACGGUGGUGGUGAAGGAGGAGCCUCCGGGGGCCCGGGGGUCCCCGAUAUCCCCAGGGGGGGCUCGGGAGGAGCUGCGCCACAGCCCCGAGCCCUGCACCAAGAUGACGAUGAGGCUGCGCCGCAGCCACAGCAGCAGCCAGUUCGUGGAUUCCUACGUGUGCCGCAUCUGCUCGCGCGGUGACGAGGACGACAAGCUGCUGCUGUGUGACGGCUGCGAUGACAACUACCACAUCUUCUGCCUGCUGCCACCCCUGCCCGAGAUCCCCAAGGGCAUCUGGCGCUGCCCCAAAUGCGUCAUGGCGGAGUGCAAGCGGCCCCCGGAGGCGUUUGGUUUCGAGCAGGCCACGCGGGAGUACACGCUGCAGAGCUUUGGGGAGAUGGCCGACGCCUUCAAGGCCGACUACUUCAACAUGCCCGUCCAUAUGGUGCCCACGGAGCUGGUGGAGAAGGAGUUCUGGCGCCUGGUGAACAGCAUCGAGGAGGACGUGACCGUGGAGUACGGCGCCGACAUCCACUCCAAGGAGUUCGGCUCCGGCUUCCCCGUGCGCGACGGCAAACGGCGCCUGUCCCCCGAGGAGGAGGAGUACGCGGGCAGCGGCUGGAACCUGAACGUGAUGCCGGUGCUGCAGCAGUCGGUGCUGUGCCACAUCAACGCCGACAUCUCGGGCAUGAAGGUGCCCUGGCUCUACGUGGGCAUGGUGUUCUCAGCCUUCUGCUGGCACAUCGAGGACCACUGGAGCUACUCCAUCAACUACCUCCACUGGGGCGAGCCCAAGACCUGGUACGGGGUCCCGUCGUUCGCGGCCGAGCACCUGGAGGAGGUGAUGAAGAAGCUGACGCCGGAGCUGUUCGAGAGCCAGCCCGACCUCCUGCACCAGCUCGUCACCCUCAUGAACCCCAACACCCUCAUGGCCCACGGCGUCCCCGUGGUCCGGACCAACCAAUGCGCAGGCGAGUUCGUCAUCACCUUCCCCCGCGCCUACCACAGCGGCUUCAACCAGGGCUACAACUUUGCUGAGGCCGUCAACUUCUGCACGGCUGACUGGCUCCCCGCAGGCCGGCAGUGCAUCGAGCACUAUCGCCGCCUGCGCCGCUACUGCGUGUUCUCGCACGAGGAGCUGAUCUGCAAGAUGGCGGCCAGCCCCGAGAAGCUGGACCUGAACCUGGCGGCCGCCGUGCACAAGGAGAUGUUCGUGCUCGUGCAGGAGGAGCGCAAGCUGCGCAAGGCCCUGCUCGAGAAGGGCAUCACGGAGGCCGAGCGCGAGGCCUUUGAGCUGCUGCCCGACGAUGAGAGGCAGUGUGACAAGUGCAAGACCACGUGUUUCCUGUCUGCCCUGGCCUGCUACGACUGCCCCCAGGGCCUCGUCUGCCUCUACCACAUGGACGACCUCUGCAAGUGCCCCCGCAGCAAGCAGUACCUCAGGUACCGCUACACCCUGGACGAGCUGCCGGCCAUGCUGCACAAGCUCAAGGUGCGCGCCGAGUCCUUCGACACCUGGGCCAACAAAGUGCGCGUGGCCCUCGAGGUGGAGGACGGCCGCAAGCGCA